UUUGCCCUCUCGGCUUAUAGCUUUUCCAUUUUCUCUUCACCGUUUUCUCUUCUCUUCACUUCUUCCACCAAAACUUAUAUUCUUAUUUACACAAUGCGAGUAUCACUUCUCUUAUUAGAUCUCCUUUGGCUGUCGGGAAUAUCGGCGGCCGGCCCGCUGAGGCGCGGUGAUAGGAUACGACGCGAUGGCAUACACAAGCAGCCAUGGGUGCUCAGGAGAUUUACUAACUCGACGACUACCGUCUCAUCUCCAGCACAGUCAUCCACACCCGUGACAUUGGGAGACUCAUCUUUGCCAAUCCCCUCAACUGAGUCUUCAGCCAUUUCUUCCACCUCUACCUCCAUUUCAACUUCAUCCGCUUUUUCUAUCACGUCAACAAUAGUGCCUUCUACUACUGAGACGUCUCCCUUUGAGACACUAGACUCAAGUUCGAAUUUCGAUUCCACUGGAGUGCCAACCUCGUCUUCAUUUGUCUCUCGAACAUUCACAUUAAGGGAGAGCACUAGUGCUGAUCCAGUCAAUACAGCCACUAUUCCUGUAAUAAGCAUCUUCCCGUCAUCAACCGUGACGGUCAAGCCAGGUGUCACAUCGGUGCCAGGAAGUUCACAGGACAGCGCAACAACAACUGAAUCAUCACUGGAUUCAUCAUCGGAAUCUAAGACAACUUCUAUCAACCCUACCGUUACCACACCGGGCAGUUUGCCAGUAGCCACCGUGCAUAGCAGCAGUAGCCAGCCAGUCUCUUCAUCUGUUUUGCCCUCUUCCAGCCCAGCUAGGUCAGGGACAUCUGGCACCAGCUCGACAGUCAUUCAUUACAGUAGUUCGGGUCCCGCGACUUCUUUGCCAAGUGUUCCCAGCACACUGUUGCCGACUAGCUCACAGGGGGACAACCUAGCUGGAAUGACUUCAACCUUGAUGUCAUCUUACGUAUCUAGCUCUCCCAAGCCUACCGGGACACCCAACUCUGCGGUUCCUACCGUUAUUACUUCUACGCCCCCGUCAAGCACCACUAUAUCGUCUGAAGAAUAUGCUAAGAAUGUUGCCGAUGCUGAAUUCUACAACAAGCUUUUUUCGACUUUAACAGAGCAGUCUGCUUGUAUGGGUGGACAAGUCGCCUGUAUCAAGGGUAAUAUUGGCCAGUGCUCAAGUGCUGGAAGCUUUAACAUACUGCAAUGUGACCCUGGUCUUGCAUGCUCCGCCGUGCCAAUGAAUACAACUGUUGGUGUUCAAGUUGGGUGCUUUGACAAGAGCCUAUCUCAAGAUCCAUCUGCUACACCCUCAAGCUCUGCAAGCACCACACCAGUACCUAGCACUUCGGCCACUGAUUCUGUCAUCACGAUUACCAUUACACCAACUGUGACGGAAACAAGCGAGCUUCCUAGUUCUUCUACCCUCUCAACUACUCUUUCUUCUGAGACGGGGUCAUCAACGCCAUCAGUCUCGACAGAGCCGACGUCAACUACUACUUCCACCGCUACGUCAUUCAUCACUCUGACGGUCCCGCAAAGCUCAGAAACUGCUACCAGCACUAUUAUCCCAACAUACACUCCUACAUCCUCGCCAUCUUCGACGGCUACGACAUCAACUGAUACCAGUACCAGUCCGUCUGAAACCCUGCCACCCUCAUCAUCUACAACGCCAGACACAGACGGCACCCCUACUGGUGUAGAUAUCAUCCCAGUGACACCCGUGCCUAGCCACGAUAAUCAUGGUAAUGAUAGGUCGGUCUUGACGAGCAUGAAGCAAGUUGAUCCCGUAAAAACCAGCAGCGCGACUGGGCCUGCCACGGUCACCGUUACCGUUACCGAGAAAGAGAUCGUAACAACUACAACGACAGACUUGGCUACCGCUACUGUGACCGUAGCUGCUUGAUGGAAGAUGAGGAACUCAGACCCAACCAAACCUAAUACCUUAAGUCACUUCUAUUUUGCUGACACUUUAAUAUUUUCUUUAUGUUCCUAGUUGAUUUCAGCGUUGGAGUUUGCGAGGCAUUGUGUUAAGUUUUACAAUAUACUCUCCGGCGCACUCAUAGUAGAACUGUAGGCUGCAGCAAUUUUGCCUUUAGAAUAUACCCUCUAUUAAUACCACGUCAGCAACAACCCUUGCAGCUUACCUUCUUUCUUUCCUUUCUUGCCUUCUUCGCUCUUUUAUCCAGUUCGCACCAAUGGACUUUGGUGUUAGAGUCUCACGUGAUCAGGAACAC